AUGAGCGACUCCUCCGAUGAUGACCAGCCCUUCAACCUACGCAAUUACAGAGAUGAUGACUCCGAGGACGAGCCACCCAACAAACGCAGGAGAACUAUGAAGACACUUCGAACUCGUGGCACUGCGUUCGUCAAAUCUACCGGCCAAGAAGAUGCACAAGACGAGGAUGAGGAUGAUAUUGACGACGAAAGACCUACCAUGGGGUUGGGCAUGGGCAUGGGAGUAGGGUCGGGGACUUCCUCUGCUCCAGGUCUAGGAACUGGUAUGGGUGGCUUCCGCAACUCCUUCAAUAUAGGCGAGUACAAUGAGGAUGUCGAUGUGGAGAAAAGCCCGUCAUCUCGACCAGAGAUGUCUUCGCAAAGGCAGCCUGAGAAGCCCAGCGGUACAGGCCCAUCUGCUUUUGGGGCAGGAGGAAAGAUUCAAAAGAAUUCCUUUGCUGCCCGCAUGAUGGCAAAGAUGGGAUACUCCUCAGGUCAAGGUCUCGGAAAAUCUGGCCAGGGUAUAACUGCGCCGAUUCAGGCCAAAGUCCUUUCCAGUCGAGCCGGCUUGGGUGAGGGGAGCGGCACCGCAGAUCGACCUAGGCGGAAGACCGAGCGAAGAGAAGGGCAAUCGUCAAAGGCCUCGACUCCAGGGCCUAGCACACCGAGAAUCCAGGCGGCUCCGAAAGCCAAAUAUGCUGUCAAUGCGAUUGAGUCACGUGGCUUGCAUGUGCCCGAUCCCAUGAAACAGAUCAUCGUCGAUGCAACUGGCGCAGAGAUCAGAACAAUGACGUCCUUGUCAGGCUUCUCCACCCCGACACGAACCCGAGAAGCAUCCCCAUCUCCUGCACUCGAGGGCGCGAAAGUCACAGGGCGUAUCAAACUGCAACUGCAAGCUUUCGCCGACGCAUGGGACUCUACCAAAGAGCAGGAAGUCCAUCUUGAUACGGAGGAUACGCAACUCGGCGCUUCCGUGGCCCUGCACGACGAAGAGAUCCAGCGAUAUAAUGACAUUAUCUCUGCAUUUGAGAAAAUCACGGUCGACGGUUCGAUGGAAAGCCGAGACUGGAAUUCUUCUAUAUCCCGGCUGCAAGCUAUCCAGGCCAAGUAUUCGAGUUACAUUCAAGACCUGUCGCUGACAGAACUGAGUGUCUCGUGCCUCGAAGCACCCUUUCGACGUGAGAUGGCCGACUGGGAGCCCCUCAGCGAACCCAAUCAUCUCGUCUCAUCGCUACAGUCGAUAUCCGAACUGCUGGAACUCUCGAGAUCUGCCGGAACGAAACAGCGCAAGCGCACCACGUGCUUCGAAUCCCUGCUGCUUUUGCACUGGUAUCCUCGCAUGCGUGCUGCCUUGUCCAAAGAAUGGGAUCUCUACGACCCAGACGCCGCGUACACGCUCAUCGCAGCCUGGACGCCUCUUCUCGCGCCGUGGCUGCUCUACAAGAUCCUACAUGAGCUAGUUCUCCCACGCCUCAUUGAAGGAGUCAAGCGUUUUCCCAAGGCGGUUGAGUCGCACGCGCUCUCAUCCUCGUCAGGCCCAUCGUCACGGGGUAGACCCAAAAGGGCACCGGCCAUGCACACCUGGCUGUUCGAUUGGUGGACACUGUUGUCGUCCGCAGACCUUGAUCUCGAACGCCUCCCCGAGUUUCGAUCCCUGGUCAAGACGAAAGUCGACGGCGAGAACUGGCCGACGUGGAAACCUCUGCUUGGCUCCCAACGACCAAAACCCACCACCCCGUCAUACUCGUCGGCGACGUUCAGAUCCACUACGAACAGCACACCUCACGCCGCCGCAGCCACGAAUGCCGAUGAUGAGAUGUCGUUUAAGAUGCUGGUAGAGGAGUGGUGCAGCGAGAACAAUCUGCUCCUGCACUCGAGCCACCGGUCGGACGCGUUUGGGCGCAUGCUGUACCGGCUGCAGGAUGCGGAGCGCCGCAGUCGUGGCAUUCUCGUGUAUUUGCGAGACGAUGUCGUCUUCGGAGAGGACGGCGAGCCGUAUGGCCUGGACGAGACUUUGGUGCGCUUGGCUAGGGCGGCGAAUUAG